AACGGUGUGCACGCAACGGGACAAGGCAGCGUGACUGUUCACAGAGCGUCUGCUAGCUAUGGCUUUUAAAAAAAUUGGCCGUAAAAGUGUCGAUCCAGAUAUGCUCAAAAGAGUCCCGCGCUGGGCAGAGAGGACAAUAAGACAGGAAUGGACGUGGGAGAAGAGUACAAGGAGUUGAUCUUGUUUUUCUUCAGAGUUAACCAUCAGGACAAUUUAUUUAACACGCUAAAUGCCGUCUGUCGCUUGAAACAGGUGAGAGAUCUUACGAUGUCCCGGAUGUUGGUUCGUGUGCUCGCACUCCUCUUCUUUGCCUCACAUAUCCUUUGUGCCCCACUUGAUGGACGCGACGUGGUGGGUAGCUGUCGGUACGAGAAGACGAGUGCUGCUGUCUUCUCCUGUAUACGUCCAGAUGGAAAACGGAGGCCACCAUCGGCGGCAUGCUGCAAGACAUCGCUGUACGCGAUCGAUGAGUUACCAGCCAGCGGUGAGAGCGGCGCGUGUUGCCUGUGCCGCUACAUGAGGGUCAAGCCAGUUUCUUCUGGACUGGUAAUGUCGUACGUUCUGUGCAAGGGAAAGGACUUGCAUAUCGUCAGCAACAGAUCGUCGCCGUUUAGCUCGUUUCCUAUCACGGGCAUGUAGCAAAGGUACACAUUUCUGUCAUGUCAUUUAUGUAGACAAAACGAUUCGCUAGGAGGGGCUAAGCUAUGUAUUUA